AUGCAAACCGGACAAGGGAUGAAAAACCUCAAUCGGGGCAUCACAGAAUGUAUUCAGCGUCGUGGUGUCUCGACUGAAGGUCUGAACGUGAAGGGCGCCCAGCAAACCCUUAGUGGCUCAAUUUCAAAGUAUACACCUGAGGCCCAUCGUGCCCUCAUUGUGAUGCACUGCGCUGUCAACAGGCGUCCAUUUAGAUCUGUCGCUGAUCCUCUGUACAUCGAGAAAGUUAGACUAUUGCGCCCUGACAUGAUUGUACCAUCUCCACGCACAGUGUCCCGCGACAUCAACAAAAUUUAUCGUGAAGGAUCUAAGAAUGUCAAGGAGUAUUUUUCGGUAUGA